CUGUCCUCAAUUCAAAUCAUUAUCCUACGCCCCCUAGUGCACUUUAACUUGGCCCCUACCUAACCAACUCUCUCAUAUCCCUCUCUCUCUCUGAAUUCGCUUCUUCCACAAAAAUACAUUAAAAAAAAAAAAAAAAUCUCUCUCUCUCUCUGAGACAAAUUAGGGUUUCGUCACAGACUGAGAGUCUCUCUCUCUCUUUCUCUCUGAGAGCUUUGCGUGAUUUCAAUGCCUGGGAAUCCAUUCCCGGAAUUCCGUGCAGUGUGCCGAACCGCUCAAUUCCAAGGGCUGUUUGGGCGUGAAUCUAGAAUCUUCUUCUUCUUCUUCGUUGUUGUGUUGGUUAUCGGUUUGGCCUACCCGAUUCGAUUUUGAUUGGGUAAGGUUUUCGAGUCCGAUGGCGCCGAGCCGGAGAAAAGGCUCGAGUAAAGCGGCGGCGGCUGCGGCGGCUCGCCGGCAAUGGAAGGUCGGUGAUCUUGUGCUCGCUAAAGUCAAGGGCUUCCCCGCCUGGCCUGCCAAGGUGGGAGAGCCACAGAGUUUGGGGUUUGCAGCUGAUUGGAAGAAAGUAGUGGUCCACUUCUUUGGAACCAAGCCAGAACAGAUAGGCUUCUGCAAUCCUGCUGAUGUUGAAGCAUUUACUGAAGAGAAGAAACAAUCUCUUCUGGUCAAACGUAAUGGCAGGAGUGCUGAUUUUCUACGUGCUGUCCAGGAGAUUAUCGAUAGCUAUGAGAAAUUAAAGAAACAGGAUCUAGUCAAUGGUUUAAACUCUGCUGAUGAGGUUGCACCUGCAAAGGGUGGGAAUUCAGCUGACUUAGCAGCCAACGUCGAAUUGAAUGAUCAAACAGAAACUCCUGAAAUAAAUCAAAAUUCACAGUUAAAAACUUCAUUUACCACAACAGAUAAAAAUGACUCUGGUGUUCUUGUUGAGGAUGCCUUAGCUGCAGCACCUGCCGAUGCCUUGCUUGAUAAAGAGGCCUUAGGGGAGGAAUCUAUUGAUACUGCGGCGGUUACAGCAACACCUUUGCUAACUACUUACUUUUCAAAAAAAAGAUCCAGUCUCAUACAGCCACAGAGCUGUGCCACUUAUAGAAAGGCUCAAAGGUCUAGAAGUUCAUCAAGGUUGGAAACCCGUAGAUCACGAACCUUCACAAUGUCAUGCAAUGAUGGUGGCAAUAAUGCUGGAGACAAAUCAGCCAAUGUAGUUCGGGAGGGUUCUUUAAGAAGGAAUAAGCGAAUCAGGAAGUCACCUGAUGCAUCUGAGUCGGAUGAUGUUGAUUCUGCUGCUUUUGUUUCAAAUGGCAGUGUUGAAGAAAAUAGUUCUGAAAUUGCCACAGCUGAUUCUGACACCUUUAGUCUAAAUGAAGGCAGCACGAUUGAGUCUGGUUGUAAACUUGAGCACUCUGAUACUGUUGUUGAAUGUUUGGAUGGAGAUGUUGAGUUAAGCAAAGGGCUUGAUCUUGAAAUAAAGGCUAUUGUCAUCAAGAAGAAAAGGAAACCAAGCAGAAAGCGAGUGACUAAUGAUUCAGCUGUGCCUCCUGCCACAUUGGACAAGGAGAUGGGUUUGGAGGCUGGGGUGCAGAAUACUAGUAUAAAUUCACAAAGAGAUUUUGAAAAGAUGAAUGAGAGAUGCUUGAAGGAAGAUGGAGAUGAGCACCUGCCAUUGGUGAAACGAGCAAGGGUGCGAAUGGGAAAAUCAUCAUCUGCAGAGGAGGAAUUCAAUAUCUCUUCACAGACAGAAGAGAGAACCAUAAAGGAAUCUACAGUUAAUCCAUCAGAGCAGAUCAGCAUGCAUGAAAAACAUGAUGAUGAUAGUGUUACAGACAGAAACUCACUUGUAGUGAAUGGAGCUCUGGAUAAUGUAGUGUCACCUUCCAAGCAUUGCACUCAAGUCUCAAUGAAUAGACCUCAGCCUUGGAAUGUUAAGAAAGAACAAUCAUUUGGCUGCUCAAUGGAUGGUGAAGCAGCUUUACCUCCAUCUAAACGCCUUCAUCGUGCUCUGGAAGCUAUGUCAGCUAAUAAUGCUGAAGAAGGUCAAGCAUGUAAUGAAGCAUCACCAACCUUGAAAACUGUAGUUAGUGGAUGUUGUAUUUCUCCAAUGAAAAGAAGCCCUCAUGUGGCUGUGGAAAGCAAAGCAAGGACUUGUCUGGGACUGCCGAGUAUGGGUUCUCUUGGCAAUAUUUCUUCUCAGGUAUGUGGUUCUGGAUUUUCUACAAGUCAAAGCCCAAUAAUCUCAGAGGAAAAUUGUAAAUUGUCAAUGGAGGUGGACUUGUGCAAUCAACCAGUUGAAUUUUCAGAGAUCCCAAAGCAUGAAUUUUCCGAGGAUGUCUUCCCUGAUGCUAGGGAUGAUGUUGAUAGCAAAGAUAUUAGUGGUUCUUUUGAUAGUUGCGCUGUUAGAACUGCAGACCCAACUCAAAGUGCAUCAUAUGUGUCUCCUAGACUUGAUGAAAGACAGGCUAACCUCAGUUUUAAUGGGACUUCAAUUGAUCCUUUGUUGCCUCCAAAGGAUGAAGGAGAUGUUGAAAAUGUUGAAUUGACCAAUUGUAAAGCUGAAAUUUCUGAUAAAGAAGUUGAUAAUACAGAUAAAAUGGGGAUGAGUUCCCGUCCUGCCUCCUGUCCUAAUGAGAGGCAUAAAGUGUCACCUAGAAAUGAUACCAUUAUGCAUCGGUACAUUGCAGAUGAUACUGGUUGUGAGGAUAACAUGUGUUUGUUGAUGCCUUCAGUGGAUGAAAAAAGCAAAGUAAACGGCAUGUGUGAGGUUGUGAAAGAGGUCAAACAUUAUCAUACACCAGAGGGUCCAAGUUCAAAUUCUUUUUCUGAUGAUCACCUUGGUGAAAAGGAUAUCUCUGUCAUAAGGUCAAGUCCAUCUCUAACCGAUGCAGGAGAUUCUCUUGCUCAGGCAUCUCCAACUCACACCUCAAACUGCCACAUGUCUACUUCAGAUAGUAGUAAUAUUGUUCAAAAUAAUGGCAGCUGUAGUCCUGAUGUGCAUUUACACCACAAGAAAACCUCUUUUGCUCCACCUGUUGAUGAAGAAGAAAAACUUGAAUCAGCAGUAACUCAAAAACCAAAAUCUAUAGGCAGACAUGGGGAAGCACCUGUUGCUCUAUCAUCCUUUGAAGGACAGCUUGGAACUUUGACAAGGACAAAGGAGAGCAUUGGUAGAGCAACACGCAUAGCUAUUGACUGUGCAAAGUUUGGUGUUGCUGCUAAGGUGGUGGAAAUUCUUGUCCGUAAUUUGGAAACUGAGUCAAGCUUACAUCGGAGGGUGGAUUUAUUCUUCCUUGUUGAUUCCAUUACUCAAUGCUCUCGAAGCUUGAAAGGUGAUGUUGGUGGUAUCUACCCUUCUGCUAUCCAGGCAGUGCUGCCACGGCUAUUGUCAGCUGCUGCUCCACCUGGAAGUACUGGGCAUGAAAACCGCAAGCAGUGUCUUAGGGUUUUGAGGCUUUGGUUGGAAAGGAGAAUCCUUCCAGAAUCUGUUGUUCGUCACCAUAUGCGAGAAUUGGACUCCCUAAGUGGUUCAUCUUCUGCAGGUCCCUACGCUCGUCGCUCAGCAAGAACAGAAAGGGCUUUAGAUGAUCCUGUUAGAGAAAUGGAGGGUAUGCUUGUCGAUGAAUAUGGAAGCAAUUCAAGUCUUCAGCUUCCUGGAUUUUGUAUGCCCCGCAUGCUUAAGGAUGACGAUGAUGGAAGUGAUUCUGAUGGAGAGAGUUUUGAGGCAGUUACUCCUGAGCAUAAUUCUGAAGCCCGUGAAGAACAUGAAUCAAUCCCAUCAAUUGAAAAGCAUAGACAUAUAUUGGAAGAUGUUGAUGGUGAGCUUGAAAUGGAGGAUGUUGCUCCUUCUUGUGAAGUUGAAACAAGUUCAUCUUUUCAUGUUACUGAAGUCAAUGCCAUACAGACAUCGAAUAAUCAGUGUGAACAGCAUGUUCCUCUGCCCUUUGCUCCGCCACUACCUCAGGACGUGCCACCUUCAUCCCCGCCACUGCCCUCAUCCCCUCCACCUCCACCACCUCCUCCACCCCCUGUUCCUUCUGCUAUGUCAGAUUCCUACGCCAAUGGUGUGGAUAAACAUAAUAUGCAAGACAACAUAGUUCAAUCUGUGGCUCAGGAGCCUGUUGCACAAAGAGUUGACCAAACAAUACGAUAUCGUUCUCCUGAAUGGAGAGAUCCUUCAACACAGAUGGCUGAGUCUGCUUCUUGCUCGUUCAGCAAUUUCUCUGGACAGGCAGUGAAUAAUGGUCGACAAACUAAUGGUGCUACAUUGCAUAAUAAAAACUACGGUUUACGGCCACCUCAUCCUGCACCAUCAAAUCAGUUCUCAUAUUUUCAUGGGGACCAGCGUGUAAGGCCUCAUAGGGAUGCCCCACCACCUUCCUACUCCAAUAGAUUCCACUUUGGGCAGAAUGUUGAUAGAGAAAACUCUUUCAAUAACCAUGAGAGAAUGAAACCACCCCCAUAUGAGCAUCAUGAUCAGUGGAGGUUUCCUGCACCUCCCUUUUCAGGUCCAAGAUAUCCUGACAAAGGCAGAACAUCUUAUACACCUGGUCCAUAUGUUGGUCCUCCAUGUGAGCCCACAAGGUUACCAGGCCAAGGAUGGAGAUUUCCCCCCCGGACUAUGAAUCAUAGAAAUGCCAUACCUUAUAGACCUCCAUUUGAAGGUCCAAUUCCAGUGGCAGGCAGAGGUCCAAGCUUUUGGCAGCCAAGAUGAGAUUUAACGUAGCUACUAGGACUGGUAUGACCCAUUUUUUUAUCUGGGUUAUGCUGCUUGUUCAAUAGCUUCAGUUAUUUAUUCUGGGCCGUUGUUGUUUACGCUGCAAGGCACUGAUCUUCAGAAGAAGAGGGUUUGGCACAGAAGAAUGGCAUGUUGGCAUGCCAGAUUUGUAUAUAUGCAUUCUGUUCUCUCUUCUGCAAAUGCAGAGCGGGAAGACGGUCAUUGUAGAGACAAUUGAGAGUUGUAACUUACUAGCUGUGAUUUUUUUUUUUUUUUCCUUCUUUUUUUGUUCGUUUAAAUUUUCUGUUCAAAUUUUUAGUAUAAUUUUUUCCCUGGAAGCCCUUCAUAGGAAUUUUAUCAAUAUAUAUUUCUGGGGCAGUUGUUGAAACAUUCUCUCCAAUGCAAUCGUUUUUGGGUA